UUGACAUAAAAACAAUUUGUUUUUGUUUAUACAAACAUUUUUCUUUUCUCUUGAUAUUCUAAGUUUCAAAUUUAAAAGUUUUGAUGAAUCACUUGCUGAACCUCUUUGUUUCCAGUCCCACUUAGAGAUGUUAAUUCUUUUUUCACUUUUACUCAUUAUGAUUUGAGCAGGGCUGAUAAUUGGAGCAAACCGUUCAUUGCCUAUAUAGCGCGUUCAUACAAGAGGCGGGGUUGGGAGAAGGGGCGAGUAAAUACGUUAUAUUUAGCUAUGGUUGACUUCAGUAAUUGAAACUUUUUAUUUGGUUCAAAAUGAAAACCAGGGGAAGAAACUCGAUAUGUGGUUGAUUCAAUAAUUUUGUGUGUUUAACGAGAUAAUUUUGACAAUACCAUCACGACCACAAUAGUCUUUACCAACCUCUGAAAAUGUAAUUAAAUGUUAAUUUCAGUUCUUGAAUAUUUUCUAAAAAAGCUCACGUAUGGUCUGGGCAACAAGUAAGCAUCGCUUCAAACAUCCUUGCUCAAGUUUGAUAAUAAUAAAUUAUAAUGGUAGCAAAUAUUUUCUUGACGCUUUAACAAUGCGUUACAAGAAAUAUGUUUUAAUUGCAUUCACAGAAAAUAAUACAAAAGAAUACGUAUUUCUUCACGUUUUUACGUCAUUGAAAGCCGCCAUUUGUUGACAGUGUCAUUAAAUAAUCAAUACUUAAUUGGUAAAAUAUAGCGUCAUUACAGUUUCGUAACAACAAUGGAAAUUCCGUUUAUCUGAUCAUUUAGGAAAUGAUUGCGCACUGACGUUCUACUAAUGACAUUUUUGACUUUAUAGUGUAUUAUGCUCAUCACCAUAACACUAAAGCUGAAGAAUGGCUAACAUUUUACACACUUUAUUAAUAAUUUUUCAACUUUUAUUCGUUUCAUGGAGUUUUGAUAUUAUUGUUAAAAGACGUCGAACGGGAGAUUUGUUCAGUAUCCCAGAUGGCAAAUGUCCUAUUGGAUCUAAGGAAAAUGAUGUUACAUGUAAAUGUAAUAAAGAUACUUCAACAUUUCAUGUGUUUGAAAACAAAACUUAUGGAUGUUACAAAAGACGUGAUAUAGGACCUAACUGCAGGCUAAACAUUAUGCCUCAGGGAGAGAGUGUUACUCAGUUACCAAAGAACACCAAUAAUGAGAUCAGUAUAAACGAACGUUUACACCGUGAUGAUGGUAACCCAUUCCUGGAUUGUAAAAUUUUCGACAACAGACAGGUGUCACAACAACUAUGGAUAAAUACCUGGCAAAACGUUUCGCAUGCUUACAUGACAUUUUUGCAUGACAACAAGAUAAAUAUUUUUAUGGAUACUGAAGCAGUAGAACUAUCUUCAGGAGGGUUGUAUUAUUCAGUGUUAUCUUGUAAAGGAAUUGUAGAAGGAUGCUUGCUGUUGAAAGUCCCUGGAAGUGUAACUGUAUCGAUAACUCCAACAACCUUCCCACAAACCACUGAAACCACAACCGCCGCCACUGGGACCACAACUGCUAUCACUAAAACCACUAGUACAGCGGUAAAAACAACUACUUCAACUCAAGAAACCACCACAACCCAUACCACCACAACUGCUCGCACCACCACCAGAUCCUCUUCUCCUACUGUUACGACAACAACGUUUAGCAAAGCAACUAGUGAUGCUAUCUUAGUAUCAACAACGACUUCUUUAACAACAGAAACAACGACAAGGAAUUUUACAGUAGUGAACGCUAACAAACAAACUUCUUCUUCUAACACAGUAAUGAUAGCUAUUGGUGCAGCAAUAGCACUAGCCGUCUUGUUAUUGGUUAUCUUACUUGUCUUGCUAAAGAGGAACAGAAAACGAGAUAUGGAUAAUGUAGAAAGUAGUGGACAAUCUAAUACAGGGAGUUCUGUACAAGAAUAUGAUUAUGCACGUUCCGAAGAAUUACGACGACCGCCUAUAGGUGUCCUAAAACAUAGUGGUUAUCCUAAGAGACAAAGUACAAUGGGACUACCACCCCCUCCUCUUUCCACAGAUGAGAAGCUGAAUCCACUUCCUGACAAUUCAUACGCAAGUCUAAACUUCGUCUCCAGGCCAAUAGAAAGUUAUGGUACUCUGCAAAGGAAGCAGAAGCAGGAAGCUCUGGACAACAAAAACGAACCAAUAUAUUUUGAGACUGUUCCGGAACCGAUUUAUUUUGAAGCAGAAUCUGCUUACGAUGAAGUUGGUGGUGUUGACUCUAAAGACAAUGAAACUGGAGACAGCGAACCUGUUUACGUGGAAACAGAACCUGAUGUCUAUGCGCAGGUGAAUAAAACAAACAGGUAACCGUUAGCAACUUCCACAUCUGCACAUCUUAAGUGUCGCAGCUAUUAUUAGCAGAUGAGUCCGUCGUAGUGAAAACGUCCUAAGAUUAUUUGUAAUAUAAAUUUAAUGUACAUACGAAAAAUUGUUAAUAUCAAUGCAAAUUAAA